AGCGCGUUACGUAGAUGGCGUAGACCGCUACGAAAGUCGCCGCAGCCUGCGCCGGAGGCGUAAGCGCCGAGACUUUGCCCCCACCCCUCCCGGUGCCGGCGCCGAAGCCUCACGCUGCCCGCCCGCCGCCAUGGCCGCUCCGGCACCGGCCCGCCUGCUGCUCCGGGCCGCCGCCGCCGCUCCCUCCCGCCGCUGGUUCCUUUCCGCUUGGCCGGCAGCGGGGACGGGGCCGAGCUGCAGCUCCGCGGCCGUGAGGGCGUUGCGGCCGCUCAGCCUCUCGGCCCGGGCGGCGCGCAGCUCAGAAGAUAAAAUAACUGUUCAUUUCAUAAAUCGCGAUGGUGACAAGCUAACAGCCAAAGGAAAACCUGGCGAUUCAUUGCUGGACGUUGUUGUUGAUAAUAAUCUAGACAUAGAUGGUUUUGGUGCAUGUGAAGGAACAUUAGCCUGUUCAACUUGUCAUUUAAUCUUUGAAGACCACAUAUUUGAGAAACUAGAUGCAAUUACUGAUGAAGAGAUGGACAUGCUAGACCUGGCAUAUGGUCUCACAGAAACAUCACGUUUAGGCUGCCAGAUCUGCUUGAAGAAGUCAAUGGAUAAUAUGACUGUUCGAGUACCAGAAGCUGUUGCUGAUGCUAGACAAUCAGUAGAUUUGAGUAAAAACUCCUAAAAGAAAGUAUCAUAGGAGUUUUAAAGAAGCUUGAUUAUUUUUAUAAGUUAUUUUUAAAUGUAUAAUUAAAUAUGGAAACUUACAUAAUUGUGAGUUAUUUUAUAUGACUAUCACUACUAGAUUAAUGCUAUUUUAAUUUUUCUUUAUAGAACCUCCUAUAUUUUUACGCUUCAGAUGCAAUAAUACUUCUAACUGAUCAUUGGACUAUAAAUGUUAACAAGUGUAUUACAGAUUUCAUAUAAUUUUACUCUACCAAAACCUUUGAUGAUGGCUGAAAACUGAAUCACUUCUACAAGACUUGCAAAACCCCUGGGCAUUGCUAGGUGUCAGACCUAGAUCUGUUAGCAGGACUUGUGAGGCCACAGAAGGUCUUUUUCAAGUGUUGCUUUUAAAGAUACAUGCUCAGAACUAAUUUGCUUUCUUAGUAAGUAUGAUACUUCCUUUGCAAGUAGUGGAUUUGCAGGGUAGUUGUUUUCCAAAUUUAUGAAACUUACUGGAGAUGUGGCAAAUCCCAUCUCAUGAAAAUACUGUUAAAACCAUAAAAAUGAGGGGCCAGUACAGAACUUGGGCACAUGCAGUUUGGUUUUCACAAUACACUGCAACUGUGGAGAUUGACGUGGCUUCAAGUAAAGGCUUGGAGCUGUACAACAGGAAGUAAAUGCAAACUCUUGCCAUUCUGUGAAGUUGGAUGGCUGAAUUGAGAUUGAAAAGAGUGUAGGUAGUCAACAUAAAAUUUGUUCUGAAUCCUUGUCUCUUUUCCAGUUUUGAGCUUGCUCAGGAAGCAGUCUGAUGUUAGCUGUGGCAUUCAGCUUGAGGAGAAUCCUGGAUUCUGUGCCUUGCUCCCAGAAUCAUUUCAUUGAUUGAUGUGACCAAGUAUAUUUUUCCCAUAAAGAUGCACUAGAUUUCUUAGAAGGGGUGGUGGGACACCUAUGGUGGAUUAUAAUGUAGAUUGAUGACUAAGUUGGGUCUUAUUUCAGUUGUUCAAAAGUAGGCUAAAAUGAAAUAAUGUAUCUAAGACGCAUGUAAGUAUAUUGUUGCCAAAAUAACUAACUGCAGUGGUUGUCACUAAUACAGUAGUUAUACCGUUAUAACAUUAUUUUAAGAUUUGGGGCAUAUUUUUAUGUAUGCAACGUUUAUUUACAUUUGAAUGAUUUAAUGCAUUCAUUAAUGCUUUGUUUGAACUGGUGACAAUAAUGCCUAUGCAUCUUUACUUUGCAUUAUUGUAUUUACAGAGAAGGAAAAAAAAACAAACAAACUACUAUUUUUCCAGUGUUGAGUAUUGAAAUUAUUUUGAACUUCAUGGGGAGGCAAAAAGUCCCUGUUAGAAAAAGAAAUAUUUUCUAGAGCUGUGUCGGAAAAAAUGGAUCCAAUCUGGGGUCCUUGAUUUCCUCUCUCAGCAGUUAUUCCUUUGUUUUGUGAUGCUCACUUUGGACUUCCACUUAAAGCAAGGUAUGCUUAGUGAGCAAGAUUGCUCAGAGAACAUUAGGGAGUUGGAAAUUUGCUUUGUAUCUCAUCUAAUUAGAAGUACAACUUCAGAGUUGAGAUUUCCUGGCUUUUUGAAAGCUGGAGAGAAUGAGGCUGAUUGAGUUGUUCUGAAGAUACCGCUGUCUUCCUUUGUAACUGCUAUGAGCAGCUGUAAUUUAGAGGUUACCCUUCCACAAUCACACAAGCUCACUGUUUGUAUUGCCUUUAUCACAGGUUCAUUUUUACACUGCAGUUCUUAUUAAAUAUCAAACUUUUAUAAUUUUUACAUGAGGCACAGCUCCUUAGCUUCCAAGAGUGAGAACUUGGGUCAUAACCAGAUGUGCUGUGUCUUACAUGAGAAAGGUGAAGUUUCAGUAGAGAUGUGACAUUUCAGGGUGGAGUGUGUUUGAUUGUGGGGCUCUCUGUGUUAUUGCAGCACCAGGCACUUCUCCUGGAGGGAAUCCUGAAGUGCUUAACGCUGUCCUGAACAAAUGUGAAAAGGCUAUUGUCUAAGUUUUUCUUAAAACACAACAUAACAACCUUGGUUUACAUGUGCUACUUCUUGUUACAAAGUUUGUCUCCUAUAAUUGUGCCAAUGGAGGGAACAGCAGGACAAGACAAAACCAAACCUUCAAAGCUUCUUCUGAAUUCUGGAAGUAUUCCAUGGUUCGUAUAAAUGGAAAUCUCAGAAGAUAAAAGAAUGGCUUUGCAAUCCCCAACACACAUCUCAGAUAUACUUGUUUCCUUUUUGUCAAAGUAAUUGCAAAUAAAUCUUAUUUUAUACUACUUUGACACACUUGUUUGUAUUGAUCUCUGCUCCCUUGGGAUGUGUUUCUGGGUAUAAGGUGAAACUUCAGUUAGUGCAUGGUCAAAGAUACAUUUGGAUUAUUGCUUAAUCGCACAAAGCAUCAAAACUAGUUAAAGAUGGUUUUUGUUUACUUAUCAUAGAAUCAUAGAAUCACUAAGGUUGGAAAAGAUCCACAGGAUCAUC